AUGGGCCGCGAAGAUCAAACUGAGGAGCGUGAAGUCCUCGAUUCGAUUUUCCCCGAUGAGAUCACAGAUAUUUCCGAAACCUCCUACAGGAUCUCGAUAACGCUUGAUCCACCCGAGAAUGGCCCGGGGGCAGAAGACCAACCGGUGAUCUUCUUGGAGGUCUCCUACCCUGAGGACUACCCAGAUGUCGCCCCAGACCUCAAAAUCACACCUGUGCCGAAUGCGCCGAAGCAUCCGCUUCUCGAACUCCCAGAAGACGAAGACGUUUUGACGACUGCGCUCAACAAUGCGGUUGAAGAGAAUAUGGGAAUGGCAAUGGUCUUCGCCCUCGUCAGCGCCUUGAAGGAAGCUGCAGAACAGUUAAUGAUUGAGCGGGUCCAGGCUGUUGAGGAUGAGAAAGCCGUGGCAGCUCAAAAGGUAGAAGAGGAAGAGAACAAGAAGUUCAGAGGUACCCCAAAGGUUGCCAAGGAAGAGAAGAAACUCACUGGACGGCAGCUGUGGGAGCGAGGCCUUGCCGGAAAAGCAGACUUUGACGACGAGGAUGAGGAUUACAUGCCCCCUAUCGAGAAGCUCAAGGUUGCUGCAUGA